UGAAGAAAAUUGGGUCCACUUCUUUACAUGUGCUGGUACUGCCCCCUUCUGGAGAGAGAGAGCUCUCCACUUAUCUUCACUGGCGUCUCUAAAGUGAUAUAACUGAAGAGGUCAGUGCUUCUGUUUGGUUGGAUUUUAAUAACAGAGACUCUUUGGAUUUCAUGAAACACUUCCACAUCCAUCAGUCAAUAAUAAUCCACUCAAAGCCAAAGGAGAGAGUUCCUUAAAGAAGAUGUAUCCUGGUCAAAAUCAUUCAAAACAUCUUCAUUCUGGAUCAAAUGAAAAGAUAGAUCUUUGAAAUGAUAUAUCGUUUUGUUUAAUAUUAUGUUUCCUUGUUUGUGAUUUCAAAACUCAGUAAAUUAUUCUUUUUGUAUUUAUUGAUUCAUAUUCAUUAUUUUCAUAAUUUCAGCAAUUCCUUAGAAAUAGGUCUAACCAAGAACUUUUGUUCAGUUUGUUAUAGUUAUUGAGUUUAAUUAGUCUUUAAUUAGUCUUUGUGUAUGUGUGUAUUUCAAAUGUUUCAACAUAGAAACAGAGAGAGAUUUGUUUGUUUUGCCUAGUUACGGUUGCUAAGGAAGCUACCGGACAACUGUUGCUAGGGGGCGGGGCUUAGCAACGUCCUUGAUCUUGAUUGGCUAUGACGUGUGAUGACGUCAUUCAAAGAUCAAAGGGCAGGUUUUAGUGAAAGUUUAUAAAUAGGAUCCGAAUUCAAACCAUUUCUUUUGGAUUUCUUCCACGAUACAGGAGUUGAACACGGAUUACAAAGUGUCAAAACCGAGGAGCGUGACUACAUUGACUACAGGCUGUAAGUACCAAGCAGACAGACAGGUAGCACAAACUGAUAUCAUGAAUUUAGAAAAUAAGGAUCAGGAACCUCCGCUGUCCACAACAGAGUCCCUUUGGCCACUUGUCGAGUUGUUCCUAGAGCAGCUGACGGCGGCACAGUGGACUAAAAUUAAAUCUGGGACUGUUGAUGAUGAAACAAAAAGUGUCAUAACAGAAAUGUGUGUGGGCAUAGUAAACACCGUGUCUGAACAUGUUUUUGAGGUAUUUAAAAAUCAGCUGUCAAACAGAACUGAGACUUCUCCAGAGUCCCCUAAGUGUGUUUCAGAACGUGAAGUUUACAACUACCUGGGGGACUCUAUCGCUGAUACUUUUGUAGAUGUGACCGGUAGCCCGAUUGAAAGCAGAAGUACAGAAAAGCUGGCAAUUCUGGUUACGAAAGAGGUGACGGAGAGAAUCAACUCUCAACUAUCACAAAGCAGUGACACAGAGGGAAGCGAAACACAGGUCGAGCCAAAAAGCCCCCACAGACUAAAGACCAUGGUGAGACACAUGGUCAGAAUGCUACAAAAAUGUAGGCCAGCACCACCUUCCGUCACCGCUGAGCCACGUGUCAUUGAAGUCAGUGAAAUUAACUCUGUCACACCUGUGUUUGAUAGACCCAAGUUUGAGUCCAUGACAACUAAAGACACUACUAAGCCAUCUCUCAGUGAUAGAACCCAAACACCUAAAUCUCCAGGACUGUUCUAUGUGGUAAUGGUGGCAGCGGUGGUAGAGCAGUGCCUGAAAAAAACAAAGAUUCCAGUGUCUCCUGAUGAAAGUGAAAUGAUCAUGUCAACUCUAAUAGACAUGCUGCACGCAAGCUGUGAAGGCUUUGAAUUUAUCUGCCCAAAAGGAGACCAGAUAAAGAAAAUAGCCAAGGCCGUGCACAAGGAUCUGUGUACAAAAAUGGGCAGCAAAACUAACGUGGUAGUGAACCUGCUGUUACACGACUCAGCCGAUUACGAAUGUGUAAUCGAGACUCUGCAAAGACAGCUGGCAAAGCCAAAAAAGACAGGCAUUAAGAGGUUCUUCACCUCACUUUUUAACACAGUGACCAAGCCAUUCAAAGCCUGCACAUGCAUAAAAUGAGCCUGAAAAACAGUUGCAAGGCCUUCGUGUUCAACACUUUGGCUCCUGUAACUGUAAGGUCACUGUGUUACUGUGGUUUUCUCCGAGUGCUUCGGUUCUCCACUUUAAAAUAAUUAAAAAAAAACAAACAAACAUCCAAGUCACAUCGAAAUAACCAACCUAGACAUGACUCACAACUACGGGCCCCAUAAAUCUGAGGCUCUUUAGUGUUCACUGUGCCUUCCCAGCGAUGAGGUCAGGGUUCAGUUCUGGACCUUGUCCUCUUUGCUGUGAAGAGUUUACAGCGUUCACUGUGUUGCUGUGGUUUCCUCCGAGUGCUUCGGUUUCUCCACUUUUGAAUUAUACAUUCAUUCAUUCAAAGAAAAAAAAGGGGCAACACCAAACUCAGGUUGGAUAGUAGCACAGGUGCCUUAGUGUUCACCACUAUGGCCUCGCAAAUGUAAGAUCACUGUGUUGCUGUGGGUUUACUCUCACUAUCUUCAGUGCUUCAGUUUCCUCCCACAUUAAAAAAAAUCAUCUUAACAUCAAAAUAAAAUCUCAAAAAAAUAUUCAAAAUACUCUGAGUGCUUCAGUUUCCUCCCACAUU